UGUCAUUUGUCUCGAAAGAAAAACAAUCAGCACGUGCUUUUUAUAUAGAUUUUUGUGAAUUCGAUUGAUUUGAUUUAAAAUGGGAAAAGCAAAGAAAAAGAACAUGAAGAUGGGUCAAGUGCCGGCCAAGAUGGGCUUGGAGGAGCAAAUAAUGGAAAGUAAGAUGCCCAAGCAGAAGAAUCGCAACAAAGUCCGCUUGAAGGCUGAGGAAGGAAAUUACGUCGAUGCCAGGAUGACAAAGAAAAUUCUCGAGGUGGCUAGGAAGCAGCAGUUGGAAAGUGGAGACGGAGGCGGUGGGUCUGAAAUGUUUGGACCCACCCCAGCGGAGGCUGCGGAUAUUUUAAAGAGACUAGGAAGUGCUCCGAGGCUGGGAAAAUCCACUGAUUCAGACGAUGAGGAUGAUGAUGAUGUUGGAAAUAUGCCAGAAGUUACAGAAAGUGAUUUCUUUGAGGACAUCAAAGUCAACGAUGAGGAUGAAAAGGCCAUUGAGAUGUUUCAGAAUAAGUCUGGACCGAAGACGAAGACACUCUCGGAGAUAAUCAUGGAGAAGAUUGCAGAGAAACAGGGAGAACUUCAUACACAACUGUCAGAUGCAGGCUCACUGAAAAUUGAAGAACUCGAUCCACGAGUGAGGGAGAUGUAUGAAGGAGUGAGGGAUGUUAUGAAGAAGUAUCGCAGCGGAAAAGUUCCCAAGGCCUUCAAAGUUAUUCCAAAAUUGAGAAAUUGGGAGCAGAUAUUGUAUAUAACUGAGCCACAACACUGGAGUGCUGCUGCCAUGUACAGGGGUACGAGAAUUUUCAGCUCUGUCCUUUCGCAAUCAAUGGCACAGAGAUUCUACAAUCUCGUUCUCCUUCCGCGUAUUCGGGAUGAUUUGUGUGAAUACAAGCGACUCAAUAGUCAUCUGUAUGCUGCCCUCCGGAAGGCUCUAUUCAAGCCAGCAGCUUUCUUCAAGGGUAUCAUUCUGCCUCUUCUCGAAUCCGGAGAUUGCACCCUACGUGAAGCAAUUAUCUUUGGCAGUAUUGUCGCUCGCAAUCAAAUUCCCGUUCUUCACUCAUCUGCGUGUCUCCUGAAGAUUUGCGAAAUGGAAUAUACCGGAGCCAAUUCAAUCUUCAUUCGUAUUCUCCUGGAUAAGCGCUAUGCUCUACCCUAUCGAGUUGUUGACGCUGCUGUUUUCCACUUUUUGCGCUUUGAGCAUGAUAAAAGGACCAUGCCGGUGCUGUGGCAUCAGAGCUUCCUCACCUUUGUGCAGAGGUAUAAAAAUGAUAUCUCAUCGGAACAGAAGGAAGUACUUUUGGGACUUCUCCGGAAGCAAUCUCAUCCAAAAUUAACUCCAGAAAUUCGUCGGGAGCUACUGGCGGCCAAAUGCAGGGACAUUGAAGUGCCAAUUGAUCAGAAAAUGGAUGAGGAAUAUGGGAAAAUGGAUGAGAUUGAGUAUGAUCCCGUCUUCGAUGCACCCAUGGAUAGUGAUUGAAAGGUAAAAAAAAAUCAUUAAUUACAAUAAAGAUUUUGAAAAUGAUUCAAAAAAUUA